AUGAGUUCGAGAGCGCUAAGGAAGUUGGAAAGACCAAAUAUUGAGGACGAGCUUGCGAAAAUUGCAAGUUCCAUAGAGAAGAAGAGUGAAGACCCAGAAGAACACUUAGAGAAGAAGGACUUUAAGCAUAGGAUGAAUGCAUUUUCUGCACUAUUAGAUGUUGAGGAAGAGGAAGAGGAGGAGACACCGAUUGCAGCUGAAAUGAAGGUUUCUGAUGAAACCAGUUCGGAUGAAUUUGUUGAUGCUGUGCAGAGUAUUCAAAGUAAUAGGAAAGGAAAUAAGAGCCGAAAGAGUCGCAAAAAUCGAAGCAAAAGGCAAGUAAAGAAAGUGGAUGAUCUCGGCGAUGACGAGCUUGACAAUCUUUUGUCGAAAAUUCAGAUCAAGGACGCCAAGGAUGAAAAAAAAGAUGAAGAUGAUGACUUGGAACAAGACACGGUGACUCGGCCGUCACCUUUAUACGCACCAGGAGGUCGACUAUUUACAAUGAGGAUGUUCAAUAGAUGCAGUGAAUUGGUGAGACCUCAGAAGCGGUAUUUGGAUCCAGAUAAAGAGUACGAAGGUCUUUUUGGAAAGCUUUCUAGCGCUGCCAUUGAAGAUGCAGACUCUACGGCGUCUUCUUUCAUUACUCCGGAGGUUCUUAAGCAGAUUAAAAAGCUCAGCAAACGUGUCAGAGGUUGGGGAGGUCGUGAUAGACGUAGUGUUCCUGGCACUAUGAGAAAAUUGGUUCUUACUAAAAUUAGAGACGACUGGUUACCUACAAACAAGAAGCCAUUGGUGAUGGAGGAACUGACGGACAGCGAUAUUAUUAAACUUUAUGAAGUUCGAUAUCCCCAGGAUUGGGAAGCGGCUAUCAGUGAACAGAUCAAACGAGACAAGAGAGCUGGAGUCAGCUACUUUAGGCUCACAGAGGGCCCUCUAUACUCGAGGAUGCUCACUACCGAAUUUUUCAUCUCUGUGGCCAUUCAACCCGAUCAUGAAAGCAUAAUGCGGCUUCUUCAGAAGGCACCUUAUCACUUGGAAAGCAUUUUGCAGGUCUCUUCCAUCCUUCAAAGGCAAGGAGAUACCUCAAACACAAACGGUUUAAUUGAAAGAGGGUUGUUCAUUUUUGAUUGGUCGUUGAAGAAUACUUUCAACCUUGCCGGAGGCAAAUCUCGUAUCCCCUUCGAGUUCUAUCUAAACCGACAGAUUUAUCUCACCAUUUUCCGUUACAUUAAGGUGCUUACCAAGAAGUCUACCUUCUAUACAGCAUUGAAUUAUACCAAGCUGCUCUUCUCGUUCGAUCCCAACGAUGAUCCUUAUGGGGUUCGCUACUUUAUAGACUUUUACGCUUUUAUGUCUGGCGAUUACCAAUACCUUGUGGACUUAUAUAACUCUGCUUUGAUCCAGUGCUACGAGGAAUGGCUAACCCCUUCUAUUUGUUUUAGUGCUGCUUACUGUAUGUGGAAGCUUGGAAAGGUUGAUGAGGCUGGACAAAUGCUAGAAGAUGCUGUUCUCAGACAUCCUUAUACGGCGUUUGAGAUUCUCAGCAAACUUCACAGCGAUUCCAAGGCAUGGAACUCAAGCCAUGUCGUGUCUGACUCGGUGAAUAUUAGCACUGCUAUUUAUAUGGUAAGAGUUAAUACCUUACUAGAGGAACCCGAAUUGAGAAGUUUUGUUGUGGACAAAAUGAAGCAGGUGCUUGCCUCUCUUGAUGUGGCCUCCGCUUUGAAAGACCAUUGCUACUUCAACAAGCUCGAAGAGAUUCCUCAAAACUUGUUGAGACACGUUGUAUUGUCCAACGAAACCUCAGCAAUGGCCAAGAUUCCAGAAUCUUUCUGGACCAAGAACGAGGUGUACGAAUUCGACGUUCUUCCACCGGAAAAGGGUACCAAGAUAUACAAUUACAUCGACCAAAACCGGGUAGCAGACGCUGUGAUGAGUCGAACAAUGCAGACAGCAGAAGGCCAACAGAUUCAAGAAUUGAUGAGACAGGAACAAGCAGAAAAUGAAUAA